UCUACUUUGUCGACUGGCACUAAAAGUCGCCACGGAAGUGAUCAGUCAUAAAUUCUGGAACAUUACCAUUUUAAAGUGCAUAUUUGAGUGAAGACAGGGUGUUAAGAAGCAUUUUAGUUUUUCUUGUAUUUAUUUCCGUCAAUUUAACUGGUAAUAAAAGUGGUUCUGGGUGGAUGAUCACGAAACCAUAUUUAUUUGAUUUACGUCGUGUCUGUGAGUUUUGAAGGAGGCCAUCUUUGCAAUCUCUAUUAGAGGUCUUCAGCUUGCGCUUUCAUUGUCUGGUGAAAAACCAGUAUUUAUUACACACACAUUUCACCAAAUGGCUUUAAAACGAAUUAAUAAGGAAUUACAAGACCUCGGCAGAGACCCUCCAGCACAAUGUUCAGCAGGUCCUGUAGGAGACGAUUUAUUUCAUUGGCAAGCCACAAUUAUGGGACCACCAGAUAGUCCAUACCAAGGCGGCGUAUUUUUCCUAACAAUACAUUUUCCAACAGAUUACCCUUUCAAACCUCCAAAAGUGGCAUUCACAACAAGAAUCUAUCAUCCUAACAUUAAUAGUAAUGGUAGUAUUUGCCUUGAUAUAUUACGUUCUCAAUGGUCUCCAGCUCUAACUAUUUCUAAAGUUUUGUUAUCAAUCUGCUCACUACUGUGUGAUCCAAACCCAGAUGACCCUUUAGUACCAGAAAUUGCUAGGAUAUACAAAACCGAUCGGGAAAAAUACAACGAGUUGGCGCGCGAGUGGACUCGCAAAUACGCUAUGUGAUGGCCAGGCCCCCCCGACCCUCAUUUCACAUAUUAGAAGAAAAACAAAAACAAUUUAUUUAAUAAUACAUAAAAAAUCAACAAACACAUCGGAGGGGAUCGGCCAGCCUGUCAUUUUCACAAACAAAAUUCUACUGUACAUUUGCUUUUUGAGGUUUUGGAUUCCGCCACAAUACCAUCAUGGGGCUUUUAUGUAACUUUUCGAUUCCCAAAUGACAUGUUGUGGUGAUACUAGCGUCCAAACUUUGGAGGAAGGAAAAAUGUUUAUAUAAAAUAAGUACUAUUUUUUCGUCUCUACCCAAGUUAUCUGGCUGCCAUUGCCUCACUCGCUCCCAACUGAUACUAUAUUUAAUAUUAGAUAAAUUAAUACGUAGGAUUUUUGUGGUUCAACUAGGUGUACUAUAAUAAUAAAUAUAUAUUUUUUCCAUACUUUCCAUGCUCUUUCAACAAUUUUCAUUCUAAGAGAAAGCAAUAUGAGAGUUUGUACUCACAUAAAAUCUGUAGAUAAUUUGUAAGUAAUCAGUGUGUCUUUAAGUACAAACUCUUCUAAGAUCUCAAAGGAAUAUUCGACUAAUGGAAAAUGUUAAAGAUUUAUAAUAUAUACAUAAGUUUUUUUUAAACCAGACUGCAGUUUCAUAUUGAAAUGUUGGGUACUAAAUUAAAAAACGAUUUCUAACAAUACCUUAAUAUAAAAAUCGUUUAAAUUCUUUAGAACCUGCGAAUUAGAAAAAGAACAAUGUAGAUAUUUGUAAAUUUUUUAAAUUAGAAUAUUUUUUUAUUUGUUAAAGCAAUUUUGGAAGAAUUAUAAAUCUUAAAACAUUUUUCUAAUAGUAAAACUGGAUGUGCCGUGAUGUAUAUUGUUUACCUUCUAAACAGUGUUCAUUAUUUUACUGAGACGGCUGGCUAAUGUAACUUUCAAGGCUUUUAGAAAAGGAAUCUACCGUAAAUGAAGGCGUACUUUACAACAAUGUUUGAUAAAAAUUGAAAUUAAUUGUAAACUUUUUAUUUAUUUACUGAAUAUAAAUAAACCUUAAAAGUAA